AGUUUGGAUGGUCUGCUGACCUUCGAAAGCUAGACUUUACAAAGUUCCGCAAGUUUGCAUUUGUUUACGUUGAUCGCUGAUAUACUUAUAGUUCAGUGGAAGGGGUGUAUACAACUGGUAUAUAGACAUGUUGGGCGAGGAUUAAUUAGAUGAACUUCCUCAUUUGAUCGAUGCUGUCAGCAACUAUGUCGUCGAUAAAACCAUCUCCACCAGCUCGGAAACAAUCUUUAAAGGAAGGAAGCCCUACUCAUUCUGCUAAAGACGUGAAAGAGAUCAAAGAAGUGGCGAAGAAAGCCAUUAAAGAACAUCAAGAACUUCAAAGGCAAUACAGUCAGAAGGAAAUACAGACACUGCAACUAGUACAAGAACUUGAAGAAACCAAAGAUAUCUUAUCCAAACUUGAAUCAGCAUCUGGUCAGGUCGUGCAAGAGUAUGAAGAUGUACAGACCAAGUUGGAUAUUGAGCAGCAAUGCAGAGAAGAAGCAGAGAAGAUUGCCUCAAAGGUAGGAUUCAUUCAAUUUGGUUCUGUCUUUCUGAGGACACAUAUAUCUCUAAUUUCAUCAACUUUCAGAAUGAGAAAUAAAUUUGUUGUCAUUAUUUUACACAAAAAUAAAAGUUUGGUAAAUGAGGGUUAUUAUGUGUCUGCAUGGCUACCUUUGUGAAUUGAUAUGCCCUACUUUCAUGUUUUUCCCUCACUUAUUCAGUUGUGUUUUGAUUGAGUAAAACAUUACCAAGUUGCAUGGGCAUAACAAUAAUUGUUCAAAAUUGGUUACACACAUAAUUGGCUUCAUGUUGGGCAGGCUUUGAACCAGAUUUCUGUUGCAGUUUGUUUUUCCUUGACAUAGCAUAAUUCCAUUCCAUAAAAUGAAAUAUAGGGGAAAUAUUAAAAACAGAGUCUAUACAGUUACAUUAUAUAAUUGGCACAACCUUGUGAGCAGCAUGAUCUUUUAAGAUUUCACAUUUUCAGGUUUUUUUUUGUCAUAUCCAUUUAAUUCUUCAUUUUUUAUAUUGUCAAAUUAAUAUGUGUUGUUGGAAUUUCUCAAGAACAAGUUCAGAUUGAACAAAUUAUGUAGUAUAUAGCUUUGACAUCUGGAUGUUAAAGAUAAACUUGAGUUCUGGUAAAAAAAUU